CAAAGUCCAAUUCUUGGCAGGCACACAUCAUCAUUGAGCCAACAACAUAAAAGCAGGAACAGACAUCCUCUGAAUCACAGCUUUGGAGACGGAGCCAAGACUAGCGAAACACAGUCUGCCUGGUAUCCCAACACAAGUGAUUGACCGACAGAGAUGGCAGUUGAAAAGGUGAUGUUCACUGCAGUGGCAGACCUCGGAGCGACCUAUGGACCAUUCGAGACAACCAAAACUCUGGUUUUCAACAAAACGGUUACAAACAUUGGUAAAGCCUACAAUGCCCCUUCAGGUAUCUUUACUGCGCCUGUUGAAGGAUUGUAUUAUUUUACCUUCUUCUAUUGUGCUGGAGAACACAAAUCAGGGCUUUCACUGAUGAAGAAUGACGAGACCGUUGUUGCAACAUAUAACACUACAGGCUCUGACAGAGGGGAUAACUCAGGAAAUGCAGCAUUUCUGAAGCUUGAAGUAGGGGACCAGGUGUAUGUGAGCCUGCCUGGAGGUUAUCGUGUUUGGGGAGCCGGCAAGACCACGAGCUUCAGUGGUUUUCUGGUCAGUAAACCAUAAGAAUUCAAUGACCAGAAGGAUGAUUCCGAAAACCUGAGAUCAAUGAUGCUAUACUGUGCAAUAAUCUACUAUAUUGCCAUGAAAAUUUGAAUUUAGACUUAAACAGCUGCCAAUAAUGUUUAGGAUGUUGGGAAAGUAAUUACAAGUAAACUCAAUAUUAAGGAGUUUAGCCUGGAGGGGGUUGAAACCUCUUCCUGUGUCUUCUGAGAAUGUUAGAAACAUUUCUGCACAACAACGAGACAUCCUGUACAUGUGGAGGAGUUUAAGGAGAAGGUGCAGGUGGAAUGUGUUAUUGUGAUAGAUAUUGUAGUGUAAUAACUGAAGAACAAUGUCUCCUCAGCCAAGGAAAUGUCACCAAGCAAAUUAAGGCUGAAUAACACCUAGAGUGAAAUCCUGUUUGUCCUGUUGUUGUCCUGAUGUGUGUUAUCUGAAAGUACUAUAAGAACUGAGGAGAGACCGCCUCUUCUCUGUAAUAUCUGUGUAAUGCUGAUGAUGCCUCUUGCUUGCAAUCAAUAAAUAUCUACUGAGAA